AUGAAGCAUAAAAAGGAAAGAGUGAAGGAGGAGGAAUCUGCUUCCACGAAAAUGCGUUUCAAAAAGGAGCGGCUUGAACUCUCUGAUUUUGCUCCACAGCAAAACACAAUACGUACCUCGGAAGAUAUUGAAAAGGCGUACAAUGAUGCCGUUAAGAAGCAUCCGUUUCACGAUAACGCCGACCACACUAUUGACUUUUAUGGCGGCAGCGUGUUCCGAGAUGCCAACGGGGCGGUUUGCGGCGUUCUUCUACCAGGUGCUUUGCCUGCAUUUGCCGCCAGCAUGGCAGCCGACGUUCUACGACAUGCAGCUGUAAGGACUUCGUUAAGGUCAAAUAUGUUCGGUGGGUUGGCACCUCUUAGUGGGAUCGCCGGUUACUUCGACUACCGCGGCUCACCAGUGGAACUAAAAUGCCGUAAGACCUCUUUUACGCACGAACAUGUCCAGUCGUGGCCAAAUGUAUUUCCAAUGGUUGAUUACGUGAGUGCAAUCUACAAGGCCGUUUUUCCAGCACAAUGGGCUGCGCAGGAUGCCGCAGUGCCGGACGUGGUCCGCAUUCACAACUCCCCAUUUUCCACCUUGACGAUUAAUCAAAAGUUUCGGACAGCCUCACACACGGACGCUGGUGAUUUUGAUAUGGGGUACGGUGUUCUGACUGUUUUGGAGGGCAAAUUUGAGGGUCUCUACCUCGCAUUUGAUGACUUUGGCGUUUGCUUUCGCAUGCAACCAAGGGAUGUUUUGAUUUUUAACACACACUUCUUUCAUUCAAACACAGAACCGGAAUUGGCGCAUCCCAAAGAUGAUUGGGAUCGACUUACCUGCGUCUUUUACUACAGGGCUGCACUGGGAGAACCUGCCUGCGUCGCGGAAUAUAUGCGGCGUUUGGCGCGUGCCAAAGAACUUGCUGACUCCCCGUCUCCUCUCGUGGAUGCCAUUCUUCAGAAGGACAAUGGGAAUAAUUUUAACAAACCUGCCCCAACCUUUCCUGUUCCGCUCACACCGUUUGGAGGAGCAGCCAGUCUUUGCGCCUUGCAUGGCUGUGCCACCAAACUUUUGAGGUUGCACCAGUUACUGCUGGAAAAUCCAACGCUGGAGGUGUCGUUAUUCGGGGAGUCUCUGCUAACUGAGGAUGGUCUUCCACCACGCGGGAAGGAGCAACUUAUGCCCAUACAUCUUCCUGUGGUAGUCAAGGUGCCUUCUACCGGGGGGUUCAGCGAAAUAGAAGGUGUUCUUAAAGCUGCCGAAGAGAAACAGUACUUUUUUGAGGAAAAAUGGUUAGCAAGUGAAGUUGGACCAGACCUCAUCUCCAUAUGGAGCCAGAGUCGCGCCCAUUGGUUGGCGCUUGUAAAGAAGGAUUGGAGUCGUCUCUGUCAGAAGGAUCCGGCACGGAAGAAAUUUACGUGGAACAACAGUUCUGCGAUGAAUGCAGCCUUUUUUAAUCUAUGUGAGGUGGCAAAGCAGGUGAUGUUUGCGCUGCUACGCAAAGAAACGCCAUCAGCCGCUGAAGAACACUCUUUUUGGGUUCUUUUCGCGGCUCAUUUAAAUCAUGCAUGUGUCAGUGAGAACGGCAUGCCGCGGGAAGCUAUCGGCAUGCAUAAAUUAAAUGUCAAGCUGAAGGAUUUUUACUUUGGUGGAACCCGAUAUUUGAGGAAUAUGCCGCCUGAGGAGCAGGAGAGACGCUUGGAGAAGACGAAGCGCAUUGAGGAAGCACGCCGUCGCGGUGAUGCGGCGCGAGAAAUGCACACAAAUGAUUGGUUGGAGAACGAUGCGUUUGAUUAUCAACAGGAGGAGAGAAGAGUAGACUUUGAGAAAAACGGCUGGUUGACUCCAGAGGCACAAGUAAAAAAUCUGGGUCUCACGCCGUGUGGCGGCGCCAUGGCAGCUGCUGAUUCAACCGAACCCAUCCACGUCCUUGUCGUCCUACCACGACCUGCCGCAUCGACACGUGGCGCCACGCCAGACGCCACGGUGGUGAUGUCUGAUGAAUCGACGCGAAUAUUAAAAAAUCCGGCUGCGCAGCGUAUGUUGGCAGGGGCAUACCGCAAUGGCAUCCUUCCCUCACCCUUGUAUUUUGGUGGUGUGAAAAUCACCGUUGUUUUUGAUGGAGAUGAUAUUGGCGGUGCUGCGGUUGAUUUUGUGAUCUUACAGCACGUUCUUUCCACCAUUGCGGACGACGAAGCGGCGAGCGCACGUGUGCAGUAUUGGGUCUCACUGGCAAGCCAUGCUGUGUUUGUUCUAGAGACUGACGUCAGGGACCGACGUCACUUUGUUUUGUGGGAGGAGGUACGAGAGGUGUACGAAGGUGUUGCCGAUGCGUGUUUUAGAGUGCUUCACGCCUCGGCCUACUCAACGGAACUCACUUGCUUGCGAACGACACCUUCCCUUAUUGCUCUGAUUGGCCGAAAAAAAAUUGGGUAUCGCUAUAAAUUCAGCGGCUCACCCCUAAAUACGAUCGCUCUACUCGUGAUGGGGUAA